GUCUCGGUGACUUCGCCGGGAAAUUGCGUCAGCGAUCGCCGGAGAAUUCCUGGGCUAAAGGAAUCGGGCACUUUGCUGGCAGCGGCAAGGUAUCAUUCUUUGCACACUUUGGGUCCCGGUUGGGAAUCUCUGGAUUUUUUUUUUUUUUUGUUAUUGUAAUUUUGGCCGCAGAUCUGGUGUUUGAGAGAGAUGCAGGGUUCCUAUCUCUGUCAAUGUUGAUUUUUUUGUUGAAUUAUCACAUAAAUUUGGGGGGAAUAAUAGGAAUUUAGGGUUUCUGGUUUUGGUGUUUGAGUUAAAUGGCCGACGGGAUGAGAUCUGGGAAGCAUUUAGGGAUUGUGAUGAAGAACAGGAACUCGUCGGGAUGUUUGAUUGUGAAGAAGAAGGGUGAUGAGUCCGGUGGUGUCGGGUCUUCUGGGGCUAGAAAAGUUUUUGGGUCGAAGAAAGAGAAGAAGACGCCAAGAAUGGUUGUGAGUGAUUCAGGGUCUAGUGAUGACUUCUUAAUGCCACCCCCUAGAGGGGUUGGGCCUGAAACCAUUCAACUGUGUAAUGGUUGGGCGGAUUACGGGAAGGGUUUUAAAGAAAAAAGUAAAACUACUAGAAAGAGGAGUAGGAAGGAGCACAUUAGGCGUAAUGAGGAUGGUUUCACUGGUUGGCAUGGGGUGCACUUUAAUGAAAGAAAGAGGAAUAGAUUAGACGUGUUUGAGUUUGAUGGGUAUAAUGGAGUUAAUGAGGCAGUGUUGAUUAGAAAAGAACUCCUGGAUUAUAGUGGAGAUGAAGUUGGGAACAGGAAGCUCUUGGCUUCAAGGCCUAUGGGAAGGAGUAGCAUUGAGAGAGAAUAUGAGAGUGGGUCAAGCAGAAACCUUUUUCUUGAGAAGAAGAAAAAUUUGUAUUAUGACAGGAGCAGUAGCUUGGCUCAUGGUCGUGGUAAUCAUGAAGAUAGGAGCAGGUUUGGGAUGGAAAGGGAUGACAUCCGGCUUCCUUUGUCCUCCUUUAAGGAGAGGUUAGUGUCUGAUUCAGAUGAACCCAUUAGGGUUCAGGGCAAAAAUGGUGUUCUCAAGGUGAUGGUAAAUAAGAAAAAGGUGGGUGGGCCUGUUAAAAGUUUUGGUCACUUGGAAGCUGAGGAGCCCUUAAGUGCUUCAAAGAUUGGGAGGAACCUGCCGGUCUGUCCUCCUUUUUGGUCAGAGAAAGAAGUUUUUGAAAAGCCUGGUUUAAGGACCAUGAAAAAGCAGAUGAAAAGCCUAAAAUCACCAUCAACUAAGAAGAAUAAGGACUCUGACUCAGAGUCAGAAUCAGAAGAAGACAGUGAUGCGUCUUUGAAGCUCACACCAAACAUUAUGGAAGCUUCUAAUUCUACGAAGAGGGUCAAUUGCAAAGAGGAAAAGGAGCUGGGUGAACAGCUUCUGCAGCCUAGAAUUAAAGAAGGGAGGGUUAGGCGUGGUUGUGGCACAGAAAAGCAGAAGUUACGGGAACGAAUAAGAGGGAUGCUUCUGGAUGCCGGCUGGACAAUUGAUUAUAGACCUAGAAGGAAUAGGGACUACCAAGAUGCAGUGUAUGUUAACCCUGCAGGAACAGCUUAUUGGUCUAUCAUAAAGGCUUAUGAUGCUCUUCUAAAGCAGUUAAAUGAUGAGGAAGAUGAAGGCAAACAUGGGGACGCUUCUUUGUUUACCCCAUUACCUGAUGAGGAAAUCGGACAGCUAACAAGGAAAACAAGAAAGAAAAUGGAAAAAGAGAUGAAACGGAAGCAAGGGGAUGGCACUGGCGGUGAAAAUUCCAAACAACCUGCUUCUAGAAGAUCUUCAACUGCAAGAAAUGAAGAGGACAGUGCAGAAAGCCUGAGCCAAGAGGAGAAACUAUGCUCCUUCCUGAAGCAUGGUAAACCAUUUAAGAGUAGAACAAAUGAAAAUGGUGCCUUCAGUGCAAGCUCGAAAAGUCAGAAUUCAACUCUCCCUCUUCAUGACGGCACCAAAGGACCAUGCUCCUUGUCUGAUUCUCAUAUUGUUCAGGGAAGAAAAAGUAGAAAAAUAGGAAGGUGUACUUUGUUAGUUCGUAGUUCCAACCAGGAGCUAAAUGCAGACAAUGAUGGGUUUGUUCCAUAUUCUGGAAAAAGGACAUUGCUUUCCUGGUUGAUUGAUUCUGGAACUGUGGAAUCAAGCCAAAAGGUGAAGUAUAUGAACCGCCGGUGUACAAGAGUGAUGUUGCAGGGCUGGAUUACUAGGGAUGGUAUUCAUUGUGGUUGCUGUAGUAAAAUCCUCACCGUGUCAAAGUUUGAGAUUCAUGCUGGAAGCAAAUUGCGUCAGCCAUUUCAAAACAUAUAUUUGGAUUCUGGGAUUUCUCUUCUGCAGUGCCAAAUAGAGGCAUGGGAUGGACAAGAGGGUUCUGAGCGAAUUGAUUUCCAUUCUGUAGAUAACAAUGGUGAGGAUCCCAAUGAUGAUACUUGUGGCAUCUGUGGAGAUGGUGGGGAUUUGAUAUGCUGUGAUGGCUGCCCGUCAACAUUUCAUCAAAGUUGCCUGAAUAUAAAGUUUCUUCCACCAGGUGACUGGCACUGCCCAAAUUGUACUUGCAAAUUUUGUGGUUUAGGCAGGAAUGUUGCUGAAGCAGAUGAUGCUACUGAUCAUAAGCUACCAACUUGUAGCAUGUGUGAGAAGAAAUAUCACAAAUCAUGCACAAAGGAGACUAAUGCUCUUCCUGUUGAUUCCAAUAGUUUGGUUCUUUCUUUUUGUGGGAACAAUUGCAGAGAGCUCUUUGAGCAUUUGCAGAAGUUCCUUGGAGUCAAACAUGAACUGGAAGCUGGAUUUUCAUGGUCUCUUAUUCGUAGAACAAAUGUAGAUUCAGACACAAGUCUCCAAGUACUUCCUCAGCAGGUGGAAUGCAAUUCUAAACUAGCUGUUGCAUUGACUGUUAUGGAUGAAUGCUUUUUGCCCGCCAUUGACAGGAGGAGCGGGGUCAACUUAAUUCGUAACAUCCUUUAUAAUACUGGAUCAAACUUCAAUCGGUUGAACUAUCAGGGCUUCUAUACUGCUAUUCUGGAGAGAGGUGAUGAAAUAAUUUCCGCAGCAUCUAUCAGGUUCCAUGGAACUCGGUUAGCUGAGAUGCCAUUUAUUGGGACUCGCCAUAUUUAUAGGCGUCAAGGGAUGUGCCGUCGGCUUUUCUGUGCUAUUGAAUCAGCUCUCUUGUCUCUCAAGGUUGAGAAACUGGUUAUCCCUGCAAUUGCUGAACUUACCCAUACAUGGACUGCUGUUUUUGGUUUCACUCCUGCGGAGGAAUCAUUAAAGCAAGAAAUGAGGUCCAUGAAUAUGUUGGUUUUCCCUGGUAUAGAUAUGUUGCAGAAGCUACUGCUGGAGCAAGAAAAAACUGAAGGGACUGCAUCUCUGAGAACAGGUGCAAGAUCAAUAGAAAUCAAGUGUGACAUCACACCCAAGGUGGCAAAUAAAUCUGAAAAUGAUUCCUUGGAUGGGCAUGAUCCUCCUCAACAUAUUGAUGGUGGUCUGCAUCAAGGCAGUAUGAGAAGCAUUGAAGUUGUUGCCGCAGAUUUGGAUUCCCAAUUUCUAAAUGCCCCUAAGAAGGAUGAAUCUUCUCCAGACCACAAUUGUCAUUCUAUCCUUGAUACAAGGCAUAGCACAUUACAGAUGGAUGAUAAACCUGUGCAGGAUUCUUCUGCUGAAGAUGAUGAUCAGUCUGGUAUGGAGGAUCAUAUGGAUGAUAAACCCAUAUUUGAAUCUCCUGUUGAAGGUAAUGCCCUCUUCUCUAAAGAGGGUGAUAUGGAUGUUAACAUUGCAGUAGGUAUCAAAGUUGCUGCUGCUUCUGAUGAAUUCAAAAGCAAAGUUGCAUUUAAAGAGCAAACCAGUAUUUAUUCUGAAAAAGAUCAUGCUCUGCCUUGUAAAGAAUGUGACAUGAAUGAUGCUAUUGCAGUUCAUGAAGAUUUAGCUGCUGCCGGUAAAAAUGAAAUUUCAGUCUCAAUUGAGGGAACAAUGCAUGCUCAGUCUUGCAAAGAUAGUGUUGUGAAUGAUGAUCAUCCAGUUGAUGAAGAUAUACCUGCUUUGAAUGAAAUUGAAAGUCCAGCCUCAGUUCAGGGAACUAUGCAUUCUGAGUCUUAUAAAGAAAGUGAUAUGAAAAAUGAUCAUGCAGUUCAUGCUCGGUCUAGGGGAGAAAGUGAAGUGAAUGAUGCUUGUGCAGUUUAUGACAACGCAGAUGCUUUUAAUGAAAUUGAAAUUCCAGUCUCAGUUGAGGGAACCAUGCAUGCUGAUGCAGAGUCUGGAGACAAAAUAGAUGGAUCCACUUCUGACAGGAAAUCUUCUUUUCUUUCUGGUGUAAGUAAUGAUGAAGUUGAGGCCAAAAAUAAAUUGGUAUCGGACCCUCCUGUUUGCCAUUUUAGUCACUCUUAUGAAGAGGAUCAUUCUUUGAAGGAAAUAGUAACAGAAAACAAGAGUGAGGAGGACAAUGAAAUUCCAGAUGUCUCUGUUUCUAUCUCCAAUGGUCUUGAUGUGAGUUCUGCUAUUCAUGUUCACUCCAACUCAAAUAAUCAACUUAACCAGCAGGAAGGACAUGAAUAAUCUGCAGCUUCAGAAUCAUCAGCUACUGAAGCGCCAAGUUUUGAAGAAAGCCUUAUAUUUUGAUCUGGUGGUAUUUAGGGAACUGAUGUUCAUAUAAAGAAAAAUGAUCUAGUCUGCUAUGAUAUAUCCUCUGCGUUUAGGCAGAGUGUUUUUCACACCGCUUGCAUCAGCACAUGAAUGGCUGGACCGUCAGAACCUGAUUGACAUGCUGCCAGAUGCUAAUGUUCAAUGCACUGACUCAAGAAGCAUUAGCGCCUCGGAAUCUCUCUGAGACAGCUCAAAAUUUUCCCCUGUGCAAGUUGUGCCAUGCAUUGCUAAAGCUGGAAGACCUUAAAGAUUUUGAAUGUGGGUAUGUUUAAACUUGACAAGUAUGUCAGUCAAUGUUAUCUUGCUGCUCCCAGUUGUAUAUAUUUGAACUCGUUGAGUUUAAAAGAUCGGUUUUUCUCACCAUUUCUUGUAUUAUUUCAUUUUUAAGGGUGGCAAUUUGCCAAUUGUCUGUUGUCGGUUUGUCAAAUGGCAGAGGCGUUGGCAGAUUGAGUUUUGAGUAGCAAUUUCUUGUAAUUAUAAGCACUCUUGUGCGGUUGUACCUGCAAUUUGUUAGUGGCAUCCGGCAGCAAGCUAAGGAUCUUUGCAUCUGUGUGUUCACUCGACAUCUGUGGGAAAAAGAAUGUGUUGGGGUUUAUAAUUGUUCACCAUGGGAAAACGGAAAAAACACUGGAAUACCAU